AUGGUCGUCCUCGUCGGCUCUCGCGUCCUCGGUCGCGCCUUCGCCGAAGCCUACAAACAGGCCUCGGCCUCCUCCCAGUACCAGCGCGCCCAGGCCAAAGCCGGCAACGGCUCCUCCGUCCGCGCCUCCCUCUCCUCGGGCAUGACCCUCGACGAGGCCUGCAAGAUCCUCAACGUAAAGCCCCCGCAGGGCGGCAAGGCCGACAUGGAGGACAUCAUGGCCCGCUUCAAGAAGCUGUUCGACGCCAACGACCCGGAGAAGGGCGGCUCCUUCUACCUCCAGAGCAAGAUCCUGCGCGCGCGUGAGCGCUACGAGGCCGAGGUCCGGCCCUUCCAAGAAAAGGCCGCGGCGGAAGCGGACGCCAAAGAGGUGCCCAAGGUGUACAAGGACCGGUGA